AUGGCAAACAUCCGUGGACACAGACGAACUCUCUCUCAAGGCAUUGAAACAAGCCUGCCACCGCAGAACUCUCAGCAACAAGGAGCUCCUCCUCCCCCUCAUAAUGCUCAAACACAAGGAGGUGAUCCCUCCGUUUCUCCAAACCAGCAGAUGGGGAAUCAACCAAUCCCACCUCCACCUAACAUCGGCUCAGGAUCACUCCCUGCUGAUCAAGCUGGGACCUCACGACAACCACCACGUACGGUCCCGUGGGAAGAGUAUGAAGCAUUGAGACAACAACACGUUGAAGGCGUGCAAGCACUUCGAGACAUGGCUGGACAACAAGUAGCUCCUCCUCCCCCUCAUAAUGCUCAAACACAAGGAGGUGAUCGCUCUGUUUCUCCAAACCAGCAGAUGGGGAAUCAACCAAUCCCACCUCCACCUAACAUCGGCUCAGGAUCACUCCCUGCUGAUCAAGCUGGGACCUCACGACAACCACCACGUACGGUCCCGUGGGAAGAGUAUGAAGCAUUGAGACAACAACACGUUGAAGGCGUGCAAGCACUUCGAGACAUGGCUGGAGUACUCCAAAGUAUGAUGCUUGGAGGGACGUUGCCUGGUACUCUGAAAAAGUUUAUGCCUCAGCCCGAGGUAGGAGCUGAUUCCUAUCAAGAAGCUACUCCCGAUUCUCAUUCUCGAUCUACGCCUCGACGGGAGGAUAGGCCCAAAUCGCCACCACCAAGAAGGAACCCUCAUUCCGUGCCCCAAAGAAAUGAAAACCCAAGAAUGGAAAACAAAACCAGAAGCCCUCAAAGGCGAAGGUCAAAGAUAAUGAGCCUCGAAGAUGAGAAGAUAGAUAGGAAGAGCGGGGGAGAUCAAAUCAGAGAUGUCAAGAGAGAGAAAGGGAUUAGGGAGAGAAUCCACCUCUAG